UGAUUGUAGUGUUUUGUCUGUUGUUUUUCGGCUCUUAAAUUCACGUUAUUCUCGUGAAUUUCUUGAAUUUGACCUUAAUAUAUUUUCAUUUGUGUUUUUAGUCAUAACGUUUGAUCCACGCGCUUUAUUUCGCAGCAGCAGGGCAGCGCGUUCAUGUUAACCUUGGCGUGCGUGACUUGUUCUUCUUCUAUUUUUCUGGUGACCCGACCGACGAACACAACAUGUCAGCUCUCUGUCGCGGUUUGAGCUCUCUGUCAGUUAAGAUCCUGGCGGAAGCUUCACUUGUGCCACCUUGCCCGUGGUUGGUGUCCGCACGCAGCAGAUUUAACAAAGCAAGAAUCCCAAAAGAGCUGUUUGAAGAGAGAUCCAAAGAACAUGAGAAAUACGGGGGCGAUCCAGACCAACCUCACAAACUGCACCUAGUGACACGAAUCAAAAGUGUGAUGCGAAGACCGUAUUGGGAGAAAGAGAUCGUGAAACACAUGGGGCUCGGAAAGGCACACACACCUGUAAUUCACAAAAAUACGCCUGCAGUCAAUAGCCAACUGAAGUUCAUCAAGCACCUUAUAAGGGUCCAGCCGCUGAGGACGCCCUACGGACUCCCUGCUGAACAGGACAUGGGUGACUCCUACAUUAACAGCAAAGGAGAGUUAAUCGUUCGUCGCCUCCUCCAACCUGUAGAGCCCAAGGCUAUCGAGUCUUAGUGCCACAUUCAAUCAUGUCGAUAGUUACGUUCAUGAAUAUCUUUUGCUUCCUGUUGUGGUGCCGAUACACUCAAAGUUGUUUUGAAUGAGUUACGGAGAUACGCAACACGUGUCCAAUAAAUAACACCUUACCAGUCAUAUAUGACUGAAAUGUUGCUGUUUUCCAUGACAAGUUGGCAACAGAAUUCUUUAUUAAACCACAAAUUAAAAAUCUUUAAUGAAAUGCAACCUGUUGCCCUUUGGUUUGGUUUGUUUUGACGGCUUCUCUCGCAUGUUCCGAGUCAGGUAACCAACGUCUGCUCACAUCGGUGCUUUUAUGAAGGUUCUAAAAAUUGGACCUCUUUUGAACUAAAGAUGUGUCCAACCUGGAGAGGGAUCCUCCUGCUGCUCUCCUGAAGGUUUCGUCACUUUUUCCCCGUGAAUGUUUUAUUCUGAGUUUUUCCUGAUCCGAUGUGAGGUCAAAGGUCAGGGAUGUCGUAUUUGUACAGAUUGUAAAGCCCUGAGUCAAAAUUGUGAUAGGGAUAUUAAAAAUAAAGUGAAAUUAAAUCAU